AUGGCCAACGACCAGAUCAACCUGCCAUCCCUGGUGGUGAUCAUCGUCCUGUCGGGCCUGAUCGUACGGUACCUCUUCUUCUCGUCGCCGCCCGGCAACCAGCAACCACGCGAUUCGCUUUCACAGAUGAGGCAGCGCGAGGCGGCGGUCGAGACGAUACAGCAGAUGUUCCCGCAGGUGGACCGGAGGACGAUAUUGUGGGAUUUACAGAGGAACGGAGGCAGUAUUGCGGCUACGACGGAGAAGAUACUCACCGGGAGGAUGGAGACGCCACCGAUCACUUUCCAGCCCCCGCCGCCACCCGGCUCUAACGGAGCGUCAUCCUCAGCGUCGCAAACGGGCUCCAGGAAGCCGGCGGAGAAGCCGGCGCAGCCGAACCUGAUUCAGAGGUACAACCUGGAGGACAAAGUCAAACAGCAAGAGCAGGGAGAGGACGCAUCUGGGGAUGCCGCGAGCAAGAAGGCUUGGAGCAAUAGCAAGGACGAGCGCCAGACACUCCUGCAGAAGAGGCGGGACGAGAUGAUCCUCGCGGCGCGGCGUAAGAUGGAGGCCAAGAUCGCGGCCGAGAAGGCUGCAUCGGCGACCGGGUCUUCGUAG